CUUCUGAAGAUAUUCUGUGUGUUUCGUAACCUGAUGAAGCUCAGUAUUUUUCCCCGGGACUGGAACGUGAUGAGGCUGCUGACCAGCAACACCAUAGUGACAACUGUCCAAUAUCUGUCCCCGGCUUUGCACAAGAACUUCACCGAGGCUGACUUUGAAUUCAAGGUGUGGAACUCAUACUUCAGCCUGGCUGUUCUCUACAUCAGCCAGCCCAGUCUACAACUAGAGAACACCACCCCAGCCAAGAGGAAAAACGUGUUGGACAAGUAUGGUGACAUGAGAGUGAUGAUGGCCUAUGAGCUGUUCAGCAUGUGGCAGAACCUCGGUGAGAACAAGAUCCACUUCAUCCCAGGUAUGAUAGGUCCCUUCCUGGGUGUGACCCUGGUGCCUCAGGGGGAGGUCAGGAACAUCAUGAUCCCUAUCUUCCAUGACAUGAUGGACUGGGAGCAGAGGAAGAACGGAAACUUCAAACAGGUGGAGGCAGAGCUGAUAGACAAGCUGGACAGUCUGGUGUCUGAGGGGAAAGGAGACGAGAACUACAGAGAACUAUUCAGCCUGCUAACCCAGCUCUUUGGGCCUUACCCCAGUCUGCUGGAGAAGAUUGAGCAAGAGACGUGGAGGGAGACGGGAAUCUCCUUUGUCACCUCUGUCACACGGUUGAUGGAACGUCUGCUGGACUACAGGGACUGCAUGAAAGGAGACGAGACAGAGAACAAGAAGAUUGGCUGUACUGUCAACCUGUUGAACUUCUACAAGUCAGAGAUCAACAAGGAGGAGAUGUACAUCCGCUAUAUCCACAAGCUGUGUGGCAUGCACCUCCAGGCUGAGAACUACACAGAGGCUGCGUUCACCCUGCUGUUGUACUGGGAGCUACUGCAUUGGGAAGAGAGGCCUCUAAGGGAGUUCUUACACUACCCAGCCCAGAGUGAGUGGCAUCGCAAAGAAGGCCUCAGUCGCAAGGUCAUCCACUACUUCAACAAGGGAAAGUGCUGGGAAUACGGGGUACCCUUGUGCAGAGAGCUGGCUUUCCAGUAUGAGACAUUAUACGACUACCAAAGCCUCAGCUGGAUAAGGAAAAUGGAAGCUGCUUACUAUGACAGCAUCAUGGAGCAGCAACGUCUAGAGCCAGAGUUCUUCAGAGUGGGCUUCUACGGACGCAAGUUCCCCUUCUUCCUAAGGAACAAGGAGUUUGUCUGCCGCGGUCAUGACUACGAACGGCUUGAAGCCUUCCAGCAAAGGAUGCUGGGAGAAUUCCCACAAGCCAUUGCCAUGCAGCACCCUAAUCAACCAGACGAGGCCAUCUUACAGUGUGAUGCCCAGUACCUGCAGAUCUAUGCGGUGACGCCGGUUCCGGAGAAUGUCAAAAUUCUCCAAAUGGACCGCGUUCCAGACCGCAUCAAGAGCUUCUACCGUGUCAACAACGUGCGCCGCUUUCGAUACGACCGGCCCUUCCACAAAGGAUCCAAAGACCGAGAGAACGAGUUCAAGAGCUUGUGGAUCGAGAGGACUACGCUGAUCCUCACACAUCCUCUUCCUGGUAUCUCCCGCUGGUUUGAGGUGGAGAAGAGAGAGCUGGUGGAGGUGAGUCCUCUGGAGAAUGCCAUCUGCGUGGUGGAGAACAAGAACCAUGAGCUGCGGACCCUGAUCAGCCAGUACCAACACAAGCAGCUCCAUGGCAACAUCAACCUGCUGUCCAUGUGUCUCAAUGGGGUCAUUGACGCUGCCGUCAACGGGGGCAUCACCAGAUACCAGGAGGCCUUCUUUGAUAAGGAGUACAUCAGCAGCCACCCAGAAGACACAGAGAAGAUCACUGCCCUCAAAGACCUCAUGCAGGAACAGGUACAGUAUCCUGGGGCGGGGCUUGCGGUCCAUGACAAGCUGGUGCACCCUGAAAUGCGUCCCCUGCACAAGAAGCUGAUAGAUCAGUUCCAGAUGAUGAGGAGCAGUCUCUAUGGUCUGCCGGGACUGGACAAGCUGAGUCCUGCCUGUUCUAGUGUCAGCACCACAAGAGGCAUCCUGGCUACGCACAGCCCCAUGAGCCCUGACAGCUUCAAACUCAUUCACAGGCACAGUCCACUGAAUCUGCUGGGGUCUAUCCGCCAGUCGUCCUCCUCACUGUCCUCUCACACCUCCAGCGAGACGGGUAACCUGGUGAUCCUGACGGACAGCAUGGUGAUGGAACACCCCGAGGACGUCUACCGUAUGCAGCCCAGUCCUUCGUCCUCCAGUCUGAGCUCCACCCACUCAGCCCCCUCCCAGAUGAUGAACUCUGCCCCCAACAGUAUCAGAGGCUCCCCGUCGCUGCCAGAAAAAUACAGACACAACCGUGAGAUGUUGAUGCUGCUGCCUCUGCACCGUGAGAGACCCAGCUCUGCUAUGUACCCCAACAUCACUGAGAACGGACAGCCAACUAACUUCCAGCGAGCGUUGUUCCACCAGGUGAUUGGUCCGUGCAAGCCCUGUAGCGACCCUAACCUGUCUGUAGCGGAGAAAGUCCUGACCACCCCCAGCUCCUGGAGUCUGGACAGUGGUACCAGAGAGGCGUUGCCGUUCCUGUCCACCCACGUUGGGAGUGUGAUGGCCCCCCCAGUCCCGCCCCGUAGCCUUCCCCAUGGACACUUCUCCAUGAACUUUGAUGCUUUCCACCACCAGAACAGCGACCUCCCUCCAGCUCUCCCUGCACGCUCCUCUAUACGAAAGUCACCCCUGCACCCUAUACCUGCCUCGCCCACCAGUCCCCAGUCCCAGUCCGGUCUGGAUGGCAGUAACUCUACCCUCUCUGGCAGUGCCUCCUCCGGCGUCUCAUCCUUGAGUGAGAGCAACUUGUUGGGCCAGUCCUGCUCCACCGAGGCCCCUGGAACUACCAGCAGACACCCAGCAGGCACCCUGGACUCUGUCUCCAUUACCCCUAGCACAGUGCACUCUAUCUGGGCCAUAGACGGAGAAGACCUGGGAAUGAACUCCCCCUCUAGUCCCUACCUGCCUGUCCGAUACAGCGUCUCUGAGCCAGAGGUCCUGGAUGGCUCCAAACCCCCUCCCUGCCGUAGCCUCUCCGCCCCUGGGUGGGUCACCCCGGUCAUCACCCCCAUUAUCCCCGUCCUCCCAGAGGCCCACGCCCUAAACAUCCAGAACCUGCCCCACUACCACCAGGAGCCCCCGCCCGCCCUGCCCCCCAAGCCCUACCUGAGAGAGGGGUGUAUCCCUGAGGAAGGGUGUAUUCUCGUGCCCAGGCCCAUGCCACGCAAGAUCUCUCAGCCUCUCAUUACCUCCAAGGAAGAGCAGGCCAAGGUGGCGUGGGAGCACGUCAUCACAGAGGAGUAAAGAGCAGGCCAAGGUGACGUGGGAGCACGUCAUCACAGAGGACUAAAGAGCAGGCCAAGGUGACGUGGGAGCACGUCAUCACAGAGGAGUAAAGAGCAGGCCUGGGGUUUAUUCAGUCAGUGAUGUGAAACUUUGUGAAUGUUUCAGAUAUAAAUAGUGUGAAUAGAGCUGACACCUGAUCCCCCCCCCCCUAUUCCAUCUGACAGACAAUCAUAUCUGUUCUACAUUAUAUAUUUCUAUCUGAAUGUUCUGUAACUUUAUAUCCUCCUGAACAUGCCCAUGGUUUAGAAAUGGUUGGGGCCAGUGUUAGGGCCUGGGUUAGGACCUGUCUCUCUGAGGGGCCAGUGUUAGGGCCUGUCUCUCUGAGGGGCCAG